AUGUUUGAGGAGGAAGAGGUAGCUGAGUCAUGGAUCGUGUGGAUCAUCUGCGCUGUUGCUUCAGCUUACUUUCUUUCUAUGGCUUGCAAAAACCAAAAGAGAUUGCUGAAGCAUCAGAUCGUAAUGAAGCGCGGCUCUGCAGUUGACAGAGAAAUUAAUCAGAAGUAUGCAAAUGACAAGAAGAUGAGCACCAAGGAGAAGGAGGAGCGCGCUCUUUUCCGCAAGAACGAGGUUGCCGAUUCCGAAGCCACCUACUUAUCGAUUUUCUUCACAAACGUCUUGUUCCUUUCGAUAAUGUUGUUCCUAGCCUUCUUCCUUCUUGCAAAUCUCACGCCUAUUUUCAAUUCUCUUCUCUCUGUCAUUGGCGCCGCUGGACUCGUAGCUUUCCUGUCUACCGCAAAAAACUAG